GCACGCACGCACGCACGCAUCACUUCGUUCGGCCGCGAUUAGGGUUCACUAUCUCGUCACCACCACCGACCAAAAAAACUCUCUCUCUCUCUCUCUCUCUCUCUUUCCAUGGCGACGUCACCAACCGAGGAGACCCCGCCCCCGCCGCCGCCGCCGCCGCAGCAGGAGGACCCACCGGCCGCGGCCGGCGCGGCGAAGCCGGGCCUGAGGAAGCCCGUGUUCACCAAGGUGGACCAGCUCAAGCCCGGCACCAACGGCCACACCCUGACCGUCAAGGUGCUCGAAUCCAACCCGGUUUCCUCCCAGCUCCGCCACGCCCGCAUCGCCGAGUGUCUCAUCGGGGACGAGACCGGCACCAUCGUCUUCACCGCCCGUAACGAUCAAGUUGAUCUGUUGAAGGCUGGUGCUACUGUGAUUUUGCGCAAUGCCAAGAUCGAUAUGUUUAAGGGUUCGAUGAGGCUAGCAGUUGAUAAAUGGGGUCGCGUCGAAGUCACAGAACCUGCCGAUUUCACAGUAAAGGAGGACAACAAUCUCUCCAUGAUUGAAUAUGAGCUGGUAAAUGUCGCGGACGAGUAGUUGAUAUCUGUUUGCAGCAUCGUCAUCUCGAGCUAACGUUAACUUUAAGAAUUUCUUAGGCUGUUACAGUCGGUUUGUUAUUAUAGUUUCCCGAUAUAUGCUGGUACUAUUGGUAUACUUUAUGUCCGAGAUUCUACUUUGACAAGUAUGGAAUGGGAAGGUUUCUACUUUCUGGGGUCCAGGCCAGGGAUAUAAUGGAUAAGCAAACGACUUCUUCAGGUCC